AUGCCUCUUUCCGACACCAGUUUGACGGUGUCUGACUUCGACCCUGAACACGAAGCAUUGGCGUCGACCCGAGAGAUCGGUAGCCCUCGCCUCCCCAACAUGCUUCCCGAUAUGGACGACGAACCCGACUGGGCUGUCAACACCUCCACUAUUGACCGCGCAUUCCCCGAGUUCUCUCAGCUACCCUCGGAAGAAGAGGCUGAUGAGGAAGAAAUGUUCGAUGACAACAGUGAACCCUCAAUGGAGCUAGGACGCGGUGUCGGCAAGUCUGGGCGUCGCCUAGACGAUUCGCGAGACUCCGUGAUGAGCUUCCAGAACAGUGUCCGAUCUUCCUCUCCCGCCGUGCGCGUGGAAUACCCUACCCCACAGAAGAGCAUGCCUGCUCGUUCGAACCCCAAACGCGCCGUGAGCGAGAAUCUCCGGAAAGAUGCCCAAUUGCGACGGGCAAACCAAGCCCAGAAAGAGCAUAUGAUGAGCCCCCAGGUCUCCAAAAGCCAGCGCGACCAACGCCGCACCCUCUCCGAUAUGCACGCCAAAGUCCGGGACAACUAUGAGGGUUCCUUUUUGGGAGAUGAACGCCCUGCCCCGGUUGAGAACAAGUCUCGAUCGACGCGUUUUGGUAACGUCAAUCAAUCUCAAGAGAUCGCCGACGCGAUUGAACGCGUCUCGCGGGAAGCAUAUGCGAAAGAACUUCGCAAGAGCAAUUCUGCAGGUACUCGCCGGCAGGUUGCGAAUGCACCACAGACCAACAACAUGGGUGAUACCAUGACCCGCAACUCUUUCCUCCUUCCCGACCUCCCUAAUAUCUCCGAACUGGUUUCUGGUGUAUACGAAGACGGCACCCCGGUUUUCUCGCACAGACGCUCCACUCGCUUUGUUUCUCCUCCCCAUGAUAGGGCUGAUGUAUCUCUGACCCGUGAACAUAUGCCCCUCGAUGCUGUUCCUAUCCCCGAGGACGAAAAAGCUUUGUUUGUUUCCCUCCGACUCUUGCAGGACAAGGUCUCGGAGCUUGAGAGGUUCAAGUCUGAUGCAGAGAGGAGGAUCGAGAGCUACCGCGAGGAGAACGCAUCACUCAAGGCGGGUAGAUCUCGGCACUCCGAGAAGUACGCAGUAGACGAUGGAGAGAGCAAAAAGGCUUCCAAGCGGAUCGCUAAUGAGAACCAAAAACUCGAAGCCGCCAACAUCGCCCUCCAAAACCAGCUUGAUAUCGCGGACCGGAAGAUCCAGGUACAAGAAGCUGCAGUGAAACGCCUGAACCAAGAGAGAGAGUCAGCAAUUUCCCAGCUGGGUGUGGCCUACCUUGAAACUCGUGAGCUCAAGGCCGAGAACGAGGAUUUGAGACGAGAGAAUACAGAGCUCAGGUCUCAGCUGAGCCAAACAUCUGGCAAGAAGUCUCGCGAGCAAGAGACGGCUCGUUCAGACGAGAGCCUCACUGGUUCCGAUGCCGAUGAUAGCGAAGUGUACACAGAACGUAGUGCAGACAUGAGCCGCAGCACCAGAGACCUCACUUCAAAGAGUGCUCGUUUGAACCCCAAGUCCAAACGCCAUGACGACUCUCGUUCCAAGAUUUCUACCCAAGUGGACAAAGAAAUCUCCCGACUGGAGAAGGAGCGUGCAGAGGAAGCCCUCUUCUCCAUCGACGUACCCACAGGCAAGCGCUCUUCCAGGUCGGGCAAAUCUGAUGCCGCUCGCCAAACCGAAUCGAGGAGCAUCAGGAAGCAACCCAACACUGGCAAGCAACGGGUGAAGCGGGUUGUGGUGGAGGACGUGACGGAGGCCACUGAGCAGAGCAAGGUCUCUUCCCAGGUUGAGGAUCUCACCUUGUUGACUAUUCUUGAUGAAAACGAGAUUGCUCGUCUCCGCAAGACUUUGGAAGAAGAAAGAUUGUCGCGCAAACAACGUCGCUCAAGCGCUUCGAAGGAUACCACCGCCGAAACCGUCAACACUACCCGCCAGAGCAUCCUGAAGACCCCAAUGCCGCGCAAAUCAUCUCUGCGCGAGCCCAAGCCCCAAAUUCCCCGACCCGCUUCAGCGAUUGGUGAUGUCACUACCAAAUCAGGCGUUACCUCAGAUGGUGAAAGCAGCUUGGUUGUUCCCACAGCAGAGCGUCCUAGACGCCAUUCCGAUCAUUCGGUCACAUCCAUGUCCUCGCAGCGCAAGAAGCGCCGAAACAUCGAGGACAUGACAUCUGCUUUUAUUCUUCCGGACAUUACCCUCAGCCGUGUCGAGCAGGCUGCCAGUAACCCGACCCGCCUCCCAGAAGCCGAUCAGCGAGCCUUGGACAACCUUGCGCACCACGAGGGCAAGAAUUGCAUGAUCUGCAAGAACGUCCUUCCCAACGACACUUGCAACCAUGAGCCUGUCAAGGUUACUAAGCCCAUUCCUGUUUCCGAGCGCAUGCCUAAGCCAUCUCUGUACAACGAAGAGCCCACCAUGCGUCCUUCCCAACCCCCAGCUGUCGCUCUCGCCACUGUGCUCAAGACACUUGAGGAUGAAUUGGCUCAUUUGAAGAUGCAGCUUGCUACAUACCAAAGCGCUUACAACAAUCUAGAUGUGUCGCUUGGAAAGCGACAGCGAAAGACGCUCUUGGAGAAGAUUGAGACUGUUUUGAGGGAUAUUGAUAUGAAAUCUGACCAGAUUUAUGCGCUCUACGAUGUUCUUGAGGGCCAGAAAGGUGGCCAUGAGAUAACGGAGCAGGAAAUGGAAAUGACUUUGGAAUCCAUUGGCGUUGAUAUGGCCGCUAACCCGGAUGUGACGGGCACAACCAAUAAGUCAUCGCGCUUGGCAGAGUCGGAUGAUGAAGAUGAACUGCCCUGGGAGGGCAUUGAGAGCACCGCGGAGCUCACUGGACGUACUUGA